AGAAAACAAGCAGAGACUAAAUAGAGCUUCUGACGAUCAAAAUCCAGCUUUCUGUCGAUUUCUGCUUCGGAAUGAAAUAGUAUUGAGUAGGUGAGAUACUGACUACAGCAUGCAUUGCUCAGAAAACACGAAAAGCAGCCAUUAACUCUGGUAAAAUACUUUCUUUAUUGCAAAAUGUUGCUGCUUUACACCUAACUAUGUAGUUUUUUUCUUGUGCUUAAUAACUUCUUUGUGUCUCAUUUACAACAUUAUGCGCGUUGUUCAGGUAUUGGAGAGAAUACUUCGCAAGGUUACUGCUACAAGCCUAUCGCAAUACCUUGCAAAUUGGAAUAUGAUAAAAAGAACUGGACACAGACUUGUACAUUUUCUGCAUAUUAUUGCAAUAUGAGCUGCACUGUUAGUGCUUGUGAGCUCUCAGAGGAAUUUUGUGGAAAAAAAUGUGCUAAGACUUUCAAUCCAUUGGUACAACAAUGCACUGACGACAAACACGUGAAUAGUACCUAUAACCAGACUUGCAAUGCUACAAAGUGUGAUUUAACAGAGGGUGAACAGAACUUUACUACAAGAAACACCUGCUAUUGUGAAGAUGAUGAAUGUUCUAAGACUUGCAGUGAUAUAAAGUGUACGCAAACUUGCAAGGGAAGAGAAAACGCUACAGUCCCUGCGUUAUCAGUAUCAACUGGGACCCAACCGUUGUCAUCACUGCCACUAAUCUCAGCAACACCAAACACGCCGUCGCGGUCGCCGUCGCCAUCGUCGUCGUCGUCAUCGCAGUCAAUACCAACAGCAACACCAUCAUCAUCACUGGCAUCAAGAACAAUUUCAAAGUUGGAAAAUGAAUAUCGUUCGAAACUUGAAAGAAUAAAUGUCAACGAAAAGGCUUCAUUGCAG